CUCUGUUCUUCUCCUAAAUACGAACUGAAGCCUCCGCAGCACUAUAAAAACACCCAAAACUCCAUGGAACGGAGCAGACUGAAACAAAGUUGAGAAAAACUUACACACAACACAAUCCCCUCCCUCCUCAUGGUUUCCCUUCAACUAUCUCUCUCCAUGAAGGAAAACAACACUUUUCGCUCCAAUCAGAAGAGAAACAGAGAAGAAGAAGAAGAAGAAGUAUCAGCAGAAGAUAAAGCAGGAUUCAAGCUGAUAAAAAGGCCCAAACUUUGGAAAACCCAAUCACCAAAGCUUGAAUCUUUCAUCGAGCUCAAUCUCGACACUCCCUUACCCCUAGAAUGGCAGCGAUGUCUGGACAUCAAGUCGGGAGAGAUAUAUUUUUACAACACCAUGACUAAAGCGAGGACUUUUAAAGACCCACGAUCGAGCCGGGAAACUCAUAGGUGUCGUCGUCCAAACUUGGACCUGGAGCUGAAUCUCAUGAGAGAAGCACCUGAAAUCCUUGGCGUUGAAACUGAGCAGAGUGCGGAUGAGAAAGAAAUGAUGGCGAUAGUGUGUGCGAGAUGUUACAUGUUGGUGAUGAUGAGCAAGGCGACGCCUUUGUGUCCGAACUGUAAGUUUGCGCCGCCGCAGGGGUUGGGAAGUAAUCCAAAGGUGAGGUUUUUAAGUCGCGUGGAUUAGCAGAAUUGUCUGGUUCUGAUGGAGAAGUUGAAGUACACAGAUGAGUACUUAGUCUGUAUGCAGUAGUAAGAAAAUUAUGUAGUUUUGUGAAUAGUUGAGAUUAAUGUAAGCAGUAUUAUGCAAAGUUUAGAAAUAUAAAAUAUAUUUUUGUAUUACUUUGAUUUUUAUUUAUGUUUUUGGCGGUUUGGG